AUGGUUCUUGCAUACAGCUGUUUACCAGCGACUGUGCUUGCUUCGUGCGUGGAGAGUGUAUGGUCUUCUGGUAACAGCUCCGGUACUCAGACGCAGCUGUCUCGGGCUCUGUGGCUGUGGUGUGGGUCUCUUGGAGCUCGGGUGUGGUUGCCACUGAUGCCGCGAGAGGCCACUAGGCGGCAAGACCCGUCGCGACAUACGUUUAUGGCAAAGAGGAUUAUGCUACCCUUCCAUUUGAAUAUAUAUCCACUGACGAUCCUGUUUGACGACGCCAUUCUAUUGGGAGCUGAAAAUGAUACAACUCUGUAUACGUCUGACUCGAAUUCGGUCUUCUCGCUGCCUUUUUGUGUCAUUAAUCGAACAAGCCAAGUCUACCUACACCAAAUACUGAGGCAGCUCCUACGGCGUAACUUGGGGUACCACGCGUGGGAGAUAGCCCGUUCUUGCUCCCAGUUGCCAUAUUUCCCACACUCGCUCGAAUUGCUGCUUCAUGAAGUAUUGGAAGAAGAAGCAACGAGUAAAGAGCCAAUUCCUGACGCGCAGCUGCCAAGCGUUAUAGAGUUUGUACACGAAUUUCCGGUUUAUCUACAGACAGUUGUGCAAUGCGCAAGAAAGACUGAGAUAGCACUAUGGGCGUACCUGUUUUCCGCAGCGGGAAAGCCAAAGGAGCUAUUUCAAGAAUGCCUACAAAGAAAGAUGCUGGACACCGCUGCUUCAUAUCUUAUUAUAUUACAAAAUCUGGAGAGUUCAGCUGUCAGUAGACAGCUUGCGACGCAGCUGUUAGACACGGCCCUUCAAAACGAACGGUGGGACCUCGCGAGGGAUUUAGUGCGAUUUCUUAGAGCUAUAGACCCUAAUGACGUAGAUUCGCCGAGGAAUUCUGUCAACGUUCAGACAAAAUACGGCCAAGUGGUCCAGUCGCAGACAGUUAGUCCCAAUGCUGAGGAUUUGUCUGUCAUCCUGGGAACUAUGCAGCUAUCAGGUGCGCGUGGGCGCAGCUUCAGCACGACAGCGGCCCCACGUGAGCCCUCCCCACCCGGUCACACUCCUCCCCCGGCUCCGCCCCCAGCACGACGUACUGCGGCCGCAGCUGUCAAACGCAAGAAGUCCGUACCGGCGCGCGCUGAUAGGGAAUCAUAUAACGGAACAGCGGAAGAGUUUUUCAUCGACAUGAUGAUCCAGCGGCACGCACGGCAGUUGCUUUCUUCAGCUCGUUUGGUGUCACUGGGCAAGUUGGCGGCGUCACUUGACUUGCAUCUAGUAGCUUGGCUGGCGGGCGAGAGAGAGCGUGCGGCGCGGGUAGACAGCGCAGUGCUGUGCCUCAAGAGGCUCCACGAGGAUUUCAAAUGGCCUUACCCGACACCAAGCGAAGACCAGUACUCGCAGCGGAAGAGUAGCGUAGCUCCUAGUACAUAUAGCCAGUCUGCGGACUGCGGUAGUCAGUGUGGCGACAGCGGAUACAUGAGCCUCUCAUUGCGUGCCGCGUUACCGCUAGCUGGUCCGCCUCCUUGCCGCUCGCCGGGGCCUGUUAGUUCUGUGGGUGAAGGUAGUGUUGCGGAGGGUGGGGGUGUGGCGUGGGGGGUGGGCGAGGGCGAUGGUGAAGAAAGGCGAUACGCGGCGCUGAUGGAGAGAUUACAUCAUCAUCAGGCUGAACGCGGAGAUCACACUGCGCAUGUGCAACUAAGAUACUUUUUACAAUUGAUGACCGAGGCCAGCUGCGUAGAAUGGGCGCUAGUUGUGGCAAUAGCACUACGCGAUGCGUUAGCUGUGCUGCGUUGCACGAACGCGGCGCGUGCGCAAGACGUCAGCCUUGCUGCUGCACGGCGGCUGCGCACAGCGUUGCAGGAAUUACUCGCUUGGUGUGACGACGAAUGUAUCGGCUACAAGCCCUUUAUGCUAGCGAUCAGCAACCAGAUACCGUUCCUAACUUCAAUCAUUAACGCCCGCGAAAGGCGAAUGUCCAUGGUGAAAACGCGAGUACGCACACCUAGCACAGGAUCCCUUAAUACGGAGAUCAAACAAACUCAAGAGCCCAAGCUACCGCCACCACAAAAAGCUCAGGAGAUGACCAAACAGUUGGUAAGGAAGGAUUCGCCCACAACAAUACUAGAACCAGCUCAAGAAACUGCGUCUAUAAGGCCGCCAUCUUUACAGGAAGAAAGUACGUCUAAUUGUAUUAUCAUGUAG